AUGGCCAGCAGCCUCCCGCACUCCGCCGCUGCUUCUCGCCGCCGGUGCUGGAACCUGCUGUCCGCCGGUGCUGGAGGUCCCCUCUCGCCGCCGCUGGAGCUCGACCCGGAAGGUCCUGGAGUGGAGGCGGGCGGCGGUGUCGGGGGACUGGUUCAAGUCGGCGAUCUUGCCUUCAUGGCCGUCGAAGACCUGCAAGUUGCCGUCGUCCAUGGAGAGCCCGUGCAGGCUUACUCGCAACCCAGCGCCCUCUCGCUCCCGCCCCUUCGUCUCUUCUCUGCCGCCGCCGCCGCCUCCCUAGCAUCGGUGGUCCAUGGUCCCAACUCGGUCGGCGCGCUUCUGCACCGCGUGGGAGCCGGUGAGUUCCGCGUUGAGAUUGAGAUGUUAAAAGAACUUUCAAAGUUGCCUAAUAUCUAUGAUAGAUUAGCAAGAUUAUUGAUUAAGAACAUAUGGGAAUUGGACGGUGUUAAGAGGGGCCUGCCUUAUUUUUGGUGGCAAUGCUUUGAGGCUUCCUUCUAGAGCUAGAUUCAGAGGUGACAUCAACGUUUUUCUUGUUGGUGAUCCGGGAAUGAGUAAAUCCCAGCUUCUGUAAUCUCCAGUACAUGCAUAGACUGUAUCCUCGUGGUAUUUACACAAGCAGAAGAGGCAGUUCAGUUGGCCUCGCUACUUAUGUUGUGAAGGAUUCUGAAACUGGUGAAACUGUAAGUUUGCAGUAAUUCCCUUCAUCUUCACAGUAAAAUGUCUUGUAACAUACAUCUUUUGUAACCAGCAUGGUAAAUAUUAGGUUCUUGAGAGUGGAGCGCUUGUUCUGAGUGACAAAGUUGUUUGUUUUGUUGAUGGGUUCGACAAGAUGUCUGAUAAUACUCGAAACAUGCUACAUAAGAUCUGUUCUCUCAUUGAAUUGUCCCCAUCCAAAUUUGAAUCCAAUAAUAUGAUUACUCAAACAUCUUUAGUGAAUAUACGGAUGAUGGAGCAGCAGACUGUAUCCAUUGCAAAAGGCUGGAAUAAUUGUAUAUCUUUAAAUGCUAGAACAUCUGUCUUAGCACGUGCAAAUCCAUCUGAAUCACGUUACAAUGGGCUUCCUGUGAUUGACAAUAUCCACCUUCCCUAAUACUGAUGUCAAGGUAAGUGCAUGCCUUCAUGUGUGUAAAGUGGGCAACAAUUAUAAGUAUAAGUAUUCUAAUUGCGCUAUUAUGCAGGCAUGGCCUGAUUUAUCUUAUGUUGUACAAGGCAGAUGAGCAAACAGAUAGAUGCUUGGCUCAGCAUAUUGCUUCAUUGCGUUUUGAUAAUCGAGAAGUAAAAUACCCUCUCAGAUUUUGUACCUGAAACCUUAACCAAACUGCUUUGUUUGAAGAAAGUGGUAACAGUGCAAGAAUAUAAUAAAGUAUGUAUAUAACGGAUUCCUAGAUGA